AUGAUAAGAGCCGACGUGGAGGAGGAUCGUGAAGCAACAAUGGCGAGAUUUUUAGCCGGCCUAAAUCGGGAUAUUGCCAAUAUCGUCGAGCUUCAACACUAUGUAGAAGUUACGGACAUGGUGCAUAUGGCAAUAAAAGUUGAAAAACAAUUGAAACGGAAAGGACCCACGCGGACAUAUCCAACGGCUUCUACCAACAAGUGGGCUCAAGGGACUAGCAAAGCCCCCAAUCGGCCUAAGGAGCCUUUCGUUGCUGCCAAACCCAAUCAAGUAAGUGCCGAUGCUAGCAAAAAUAAAAACGAGGCUGUCUGGAAUCAUUCUCGCGAUCUCAAGUGUUUCAAGUGUCAAGGAAGAGGCCACAUUGCGAGUCAAUGUCCUAAUCGACGAGUGAUGGUGGUUCGUUCAAAUGGCGAGAUUGAGUCAGAAGAUGAACAAGAUGAGGAGCCUGAAAUUCCCAUGGAGGAAGGUGAAGAGCUCGAGCUGCCCGUUGAAGGAGAAUUACUUGUUGUCAAAAGGAGCUUGAAUAUCCAAGUAGCCGAAGAAGAACAACAACGAGACAACAUCUUUCACACCCGUUGCCAUGUUCAAGGCAAGGUAUGUAGUUUGAUUAUUGACAGAGGGAGUUGCACCAAUGUCGCAAGCUCUUUGCUUGUUGAAAAACUUGGUUUAGCUACCACAAAGCAUCCAACUCCUUACAAGCUACAAUGGCUAAACGACGGAGGCGAACUCAAGGUGACGAAGCAAGCAAGGGUGGCGUUUUCCAUAGGCAAGUACCAAGAUGAGGUGGUUUGUGAUGUCGUACCAAUGCACGCAGGACAUUUGCUAUUGGGGCGUCCUUGGCAAUUUGACCGGCGAGUAGUCCACGAUGGCUAUACAAACCGAUAUUCAUUUAAGCACCUUGGAAGGAAUGUUACAUUAGCUCCUCUCACACCGAAGCAAGAAUUUGGAGAUAUUUUUCCCGAAGAAGCGCCAAAUGGCCUACCUCCCAUUCGAGGAAUCGAGCACCAAAUCGACUUUGUGCCCGGUGCUGCAAUUCCAAAUGGGCCAGCAUAUAGAAGUAAUCCUGAGGAAACGAAGGAAUUGGAAAAGCAAGUAGCUGAAUUAAUGGAGAAGGGCUACAUCCGUGAAAGCUUAAGUCCGUCUUGUGAUUCGGUAUUGUUGGUUCCUAAAAGGAUGGAUCUUGGCGAAUGUUUCGUUGUGAGUGCUCGUGGUUUAGAAGUUGACCAAGAAAAGGUCAAGGCGAUCAACGAAUGGCCGCGUCCAACAAACAUCAGCCAAGUGAGGAGUUUUCACGGGUUGGCAAGCUUCUACUGA